AUGCAUGGGCAUGGGGCACACAGAUGGAUGGCCAUGGGAAGCAAAUCUUGAAAGGGAAUCAAAAGAAAUUGCCCUCUCUUUGCACCUGCUCAAGAUAUGGCAAAGAGCACAUGAUUUCACACCAGGAAAAAAGGGAACCUAUAUAUGCUGACAUCACCUGUAUCUCUUGUGAGGAUUUUGGUGGGACCCCCUAUCCCCCCACACCCCCACCCUCACCCCCUAAAGCUUUGAAUCCCAAUAAAAACUCCCUCAUUUUUCUAUUCAAUUUUCUCUCAUUGAAGAAUCAAUCCUUGAUUUGAAUGCAUAUGCACACACACAUACACACAUUUCUUUAUUCUUUGUUGCUAGACACUUCCAAUUUUGAUUAGCUAAUAGUAGUGCUAUACAAGUAUUGCUUGCCUUGUAAUUCAAAUUCCAAGUUGGAAAACUUUGAGGCAUAUCUUUGGAUGAAAUCUGGUCAGAUCUUGCUUUGUGGGUUGUAGGAUUUUGGUGGGACUUGAAAUUGAAAUUCCAUUUCAUUACAUAUCUCAUCUCAAUUUUCUUCAUUUCUUCCUUGCUUGAAACAAAGUAAAGAAAAGCACCCCACUAUAGAGAAAAAAAGAACCAAACUUUUUCCCUUUCACUUUCAUCAUUCCUCACUUUCUUCUUCCUCUUCUUCUUCAACCUCUCAUCACUUUCAUUUUUAGCUCUAUUUUUGGGGAGUUGUGACAAAUUUGGAGCAAUGGGAUUGGCUGCAGCAGAAGCUCAGUUUCAUGUUUUAGCUGUUGAUGACAGCUUGAUUGAUAGGAAGCUUAUAGAGAGGCUCCUUAAAACUUCUUCUUACCAAGUUACUACAGUUGAUUCUGGUAGCAAAGCUCUGGAAUUUCUUGGUUGGAAUGAAGGAAAUUCUGAUGAGGCUUUUUUCUCUCCCAAAAAUAAUCAGGAAGUGGAAGUAAAUCUUGUUAUUACAGACUACUGUAUGCCUGGAAUGACAGGCUAUGAUUUGCUCAAGAAAAUUAAGGAAUCCUCAGUUCUUAGAGAUAUACCAGUGGUGAUCAUGUCGUCUGAGAAUGUCCCCGCAAGGAUCAACAGAUGCUUAGAGGAAGGGGCAGAGGAGUUUUUUCUGAAGCCAGUGAGGUUAGCAGAUGUGAACAAGCUUAAGCCCCACAUUAUGAAAACCAAGUGCAAGGAAAGUCAAAAGCCCGAAAACCAGGAAGAUGAAGAAAAUGAAGAGAUGGAUAAUAAUAAUAAAGAAAUAGCAGAAACAGAAACAGAAACAGAAAUCGAAUUACAAUCACAAUCACAGCAACAGCAAACAGCACAAUCCAACAGCAAUAACAGUAAAAGGAAGUCUAUGGAUGAAGGGCUAUCACCAGACAGAACAAGGCCCAGAUACAAUAAUGGCCUCACUGUUAUGUCCAACUAAUCUUUUUUUUUUUUUUUUUGCCAUAAUGUUUUUUAUUUUAUUUUAUUUUAAAUAUACUUUUUUUAGGGUUGGGAAAUCUGUAGUUCUGUUGCUGUUUCAUAGGCUUGGUGAGGUUAAUGCAUAUUGUAUAGGGAGAGAAAUGAGGGGGUGGGUUCAUCAUGAAUGAUGAAGAACAUAUGUACACAUGUGACAAAGUAGAAAAAAUUUACACCCAAUUUUGUA